UGGCCGUGAUCGUUCUUGUUUAAAGCGAAACAAGUAAUUUUUAUCAUUUAACAACAAUCUUUUAACUGCAAGCCAAUAAAAGACAGAACAACAUGGGAAAUGCUGACACAAAGUUAAACUUUCGGAAAGCGGUCGUUCAACUGACAUCGAAAACACAAGUGAUCAAUGCAACGGAUGAUACAUUUUGGGAUCAAUUUUGGUCCGAAAAUGUGACCAAUGUCCAAGACAUAUUUACUUUAAUUCCUGCUCCUGAGAUUCGUAUACUGAGGGAAGAGGCACCAUCAAAUUUAGCCACAUUAUGUUACAAAGCGGUCGAAAAAUUAGUAAAGGCAGUGGAUAAUAGUUGUAGAACACAAAGGGAACAACAAACUGUUUUGAAUUGUUGCCGUUUGUUGACAAGACUAUUGCCAUAUAUUUUCGAGGAUCCUGAUUGGAAGGGAUUCUUUUGGUCCAGUUUACCUGGCAAAGAGGAUGAAGAAAGCAUUCCAUUGGCUCACUCUCUACUUAACGCGCUUUGUGAUUUAUUGUUCUGUCCUGACUUUACGGUAGCUGCAAAUCGAAAAUCUGGUCCUGACAAAGCAGAAGAACUGCAGUCUAUAGAUAGCUGUGAAUACAUUUGGGAAGCUGGUGUGGGAUUUGCACACUCGCCUCCUAGAUAUUCAAUUUUAGAUUCAAACAGAACAGAGUUGUUAAAAUUGUUACUCACAUGCUUCAGUGAAACCAUGUACAAUCCUCCUAUGGAUCUUUCGGUAACGCCGAAUAAAUGGAUCCAGCAUUUAACCAGUUCUGAAAACAGACAUGCAUUACCUAUGUUCACAUCACUGUUGAAUACAGUAUGCGCAUACGAUCCUGUUGGACUUGGCGUACCAUAUAAUCACUUAUUAUUUACCGAUUCGUUGGAACCUCUCGUCGACGUUGCUUUGCAAAUUCUUAUAGUAACACUAGAUCACGAUACUAGCGGUGGUGCUCCGUUGGAAGAAGGAAUUCUUGGGGAUAAUUUAUUUAUUAAUUAUCUGAGUCGUAUUCAUAGAGAUGAAGAUUUUCAGUUUGUACUGAAAGGUAUCACAAGACUAUUGAAUAAUCCAUUGAUGCAGACAUAUUUACCAAACUCGACUAAAAAAGUACACUUUCACCAAGAAUUAUUGGUAUUCUUCUGGAAGAUGUGCGAUUACAACAAGAAAUUUUUAUAUUAUGUACUAAAAAGUUCCGACGUUCUUGAGGUGUUAGUGCCUAUAUUGUACCACUUAAAUGAUUCGCGCGCAGACCAAUCUCGAGUUGGAUUGAUGCAUAUUGGCGUGUUUAUUCUACUUCUGUUGAGCGGCGAACGUAAUUUUGGUGUUCGAUUGAACAAACCAUAUACGGCCACGGUACCUAUGGAUAUACCGGUUUUUACAGGUACACAUGCUGAUUUGUUAGUCACUGUCUUUCACAAGAUAAUCACAACCGGACAUCAAAGACUACAGCCAUUGUUUGACUGUCUACUAACGAUUCUAGUUAAUGUUUCACCAUACCUGAAAACACUGUCAAUGGUGGCUAGUACAAAAUUAUUGCAUUUACUCGAAGCAUUUAGUACUCCAUGGUUUUUGUUCUCGGCUCCUACUAAUCAUCAUUUGGUAUUCUUUCUCCUUGAAAUCUUCAACAAUAUUAUUCAGUAUCAAUUUGAUGGGAACAGCAAUUUGGUUUACACUAUAAUACGUAAAAGACAAGUGUUUCACGCAUUAGCAAAUCUACCAAGCGACUGUAAUACAAUUGCCAAAUCUCUCAGUAAGAGACAACGCAGACAUGUACCCGCUAGUACGUCUAGUGAAAAUAUUAACGAAGCAGCGAUGGAAGGAUCCCAUCCUGCUCAACCAGCAGAACCUGGAACAUUAAAAGCAACUUUGUUAGAAACGCCAGGUAUCGAGAAAAUGACUGAGAAAGAGUCUGCGCAUCCGUUAAGUCCUUCGGUGAACGUUGACGUAGGGAAAGCUAAUCAUCAAAACAAUACAGACAGUUCAGAGGAUUUAAUGACUACUACUAAAAAUACCGUUAUACCGAAGGGAGGUAUCAGAGUGGCAGAGUACACUAAUUCCUCUAACAACAUAAAUCAGUGGGUUCCUUCGAGCGAUUGGGUGUAUCAGUGGAAGAGUAAACUUCCGCUGCAAACUAUUAUGAGAUUACUUCAAGUUCUUGUACCACAAGUCGAAAAAAUAUGCAUUGAUAAGGGUCUGACGGAUGAAAGCGAAAUUUUGAAAUUUUUACAACACGGCACUUUAGUUGGCUUGUUACCAGUACCACACCCUAUACUUAUCAGACGAUAUCAAGCAAAUGCAGGUACAACGGCUUGGUUCAGAACAUACAUGUGGGGUGUAAUAUACUUGAGAAACGUUGAACCACCGAUUUGGUAUGAUACAGACGUAAAAUUAUUUGAAAUCCAACGAGUUUAAGCAUGGCACACAUUAAACAUGUGAAUUACGUUCAGCAUGAUUUAGAACUGGAAUCUCUAUUCUACUCCGGCAUAAAAUAUUGUAUCCAUAAUAUAAAAACGUAUGUCUAAAUAAUCUACAACUUAUAAUUUGCACAGAGUGAUAAAAAAAAAUUUACUAUCCUUUUGAGCAAUGAAAGGAGACAUUUUUAUGAGUGUAGCUUUUCUUAUGAAUCUAUUACACAGAGUUACAGAACUGAUUUUACAGACGCCGAUUGCAAAACAAUAUAAUAAUGUAGUGUUACGAUUCUUAACUGUCACUGACGGAUGUGUAAAUAUUUGCGAUUAUGCGAGUGCCUUCACAGAUGUAACUGUGACAAAUCAUUAAACCGAAUCGAAGAAUAUUACUUAAGUAGCGAUUCAGUUUCAUUGAAAAAUAGCUACUCAUUGUUUGCUUGGUAACUUUAAUAUUAUUUUCACUGUUUGUUUCUCUGUAUGGAACAUGGCAUCGCAGUUAUAUCUAUUAUUAAAUUUAUUUUCCUUGUAAAAUACUGGUUUUGUAUGUCUGUGUAGUAGUAGUUACAUGUUUUAAAGACAGCUUGAUAAUUCAUGCAAUUUAAUGUAAAUUGGAUUAUUCAAAUUUACAAAUAUUGUGGAUAAUUUUUACCUUAUAAAUAGUGCUACAAGCUUCGGUAUAUUGUUUGCAGCGAUUAAAAUAUUGAAAAUUAUUCUCGCAAAGGGAAAAAUAAUUGU